AUAAACGCCGUACCGCUAUGCAUUAAAAAAAUCAAAAUUGAUGAAAAUCCUCGAAUAAUUGCCGAUCAACGUUGUAUGCAUAUGGAUGUGAGUGUUAAAAUGAUUGUCUUUCAUCCCACGGUCGGUCAUCCUUAUAGAUGUACUGUUGCGUCCAUUGGAAAGUAUUUGAUAACAGCAAAAAUAUUCGACGCGAUAACUUUCGUUGCACCGAUCGACGCUACUGUGCAUUCAAUUCCAAAUGUUGGUGACGUGGUAUCGAUUGAAUUUCGUGAAGUUGACUUCAAGAAAUCACUCUGCCAAAUGAAAGGUGUUUUGGUUGCGAGAAGGAAAGAGAAGACGAAUAAAGUGACAUUCGUGGAUGAUGAUGAUGAUGAUGAUGGUAAAGGAUAG